AUGUCAGGCAUGGAGGGCCAAGGCGACAAUUACGCGACUACGAGCGACAUCGCGAGCCUCCCAGCAACGACCGCAGCGAAUGCAGCACCGACAACUCCAGCAGCAGUGGCGACACCGACAUUUCACGGACCGAUGGCACCACUGUCGCCGAACCUCGAAGCAGCACGACCGAGGCUCCCUGAAGCGUUCGAUCCAAGCGCGAAGGGAUCCGACGUCCGGCGAUUUGUGGCCACCCUCGAAAUUUACUUCGAGGCCAUUGGCUGUUCGACCCCGACGUACGAUGCAGCAAGAAUCCGGCUCGCAGCGACACUGUUACGUGGACCGGCACUCGAGUGGAUCUACAACACCGACGUGGCCCGCGGGGAGAAAUCGUGGGCGCAGUUUCGGGCAGAUUUAAUCGAGCGUUUCGAACCGAUUAAUACUACCUACAUGGCGCGGCAACAAAUUCAUCGGCACAAGCAGUACAGUAGUGUAGCACAGUAUACUCAGCAGAUGGAGUUACUGUUCAACCGCAUCCCCGACCUGACCGAAGGCGAAAAAAUCCAGGCGUACACAGAAGGGUUAAAAUUAGAGAUUCGGCGGCACGUGAUCGCGGCGAAUUACAACAGCUACAGGGACAUCGUGCGUGCAGCCGAACGUUACGACGCGCUGACUCGAGGUCAACCCGAAACACGACGUUUCGCGCCGAACCGUACAUUCGGCACGGAGCGAUCGGCACCCCCCACGUUCGCCGAACCGAUGGAUAUCGACAAAUUUGACGCGAAGCAGCAGUCGGCGAAAUGCGAAUUUUGCGGCGCAGCAGGGCAUCAGAUUUUGUCGUGCUACAAAAUGAAGAAAGCACGUGCGGCACUCCGGGACGCACAGCAGAAACCACUACUCCUUGAGGUGUUAUGCAAUGGGCGACGCCUCCAGGCACUGGUGGACAGCGGUGCAUCUCACUCGGUGUGCGACCGCGAAACAUUGGAGAAAAUUGGAGAGAAGGCAAAGGAGACCCAGUUUUCAGCAACCAUGGUGGACGGUACGAAGCUUCCCAUCCACGGCGAAGUAUCACUACAGCUGCAUAUAGCACUGGUCAUGGCAGCAGCAGAGGAGGAGAAGCCGGGUUCCGAGCUACCCGCAGCAGUGAAGGAGGUCUUGGAGCAGUACAAAGAUAUAAUGCCCGACGACCUACCUGCAGGCGUACCUCCAGCACGCACCCACGAGCACGAGAUCGUGGAGGAACCAGGUGCGAAACCCGUCUCACGUGCACCAUACCGAAUGAUUCCGACCGAACUGACAGACAUGAAAAAACAGAUCGAGUAUUUACUGGACAGACAACUGAUCCGACCAUCCACCUCUCCCUACGGCGCACCAGUUCUCUUCACCCCAAAACCAGACGGCAGUUUACGGAUGUGCAUCGACUACCGCGCACUGAACAAACAGACAGUAAAAAACAAAUACCCCAUACCGCGCAUCGACGACUUACUGGACCAACUGCGUGGUGCAACAGUCUUCUCGAAGCUGGACCUACGGUCGGGUUAUUGGCAGAUCAAAAUGGCGGACAACUCGAUCCACAAGACGGCGUUCCAUAUGAGAUACGGCUCCUACGAAUACUUGGUGAUGCCGUUCGGACUCUGCAACGCACCAGCGACGUUCCAGGCAGAGAUGAACCACAUCCUACGGCCCCUGCUGGACGAGUGCGUAGUGGUGUACCUGGACGAUAUCCUCAUCUACUCCAAGAACAUGAAGGAGCACGUGGAGCAUCUGCGGAAGGUGUUCGAGAUCCUGCGGAAAAAUAAGUUCUACGUGAAGCUGUCAAAGAGCGACUUCGCACUGAAGAAGGUGCAGUUUUUCGGGCACAUGGUGAGUGCCGAGGGCGUACACGUAGACCCGCGGAAAAUCGAAGCCGUUAAGAAGUGGAAAGUUCCGGAGAACGUGAAGGAGUUGCAGCAGUUCCUAGGCUUCGCCAACUACUACAACAGGUUCGUGCCACAGUACGCUAAGAUAGCAGCGCCACUAACCGACCUACUGAAAAAGGACACGCCCUUCAAAUGGGGUGCUCCUCAUCAGCAAGCCAUGGAACAGCUACAGACAGCACUAACCACAGCGCCAGUACUCAUCCUACAAGACCCAGAAAAGGACUACGUAGUUGAAGCAGACGCUAGUGACCAGGCAGUCGGAGCAGUACUGAUGCAGGAUCACGGGAACGGGUUACAGCCUAUCGCCUACCUCAGUAAGAAACUACACGGAGCAGAACUGAACUACCCCAUUCACGACAAGGAAGCCUUAGCCAUAGUCGUAGCCUUCAAGGCAUGGAGGUGUUACCUAGAGGGAGCCAAGACCACAGUAUACACUGACCACUGCAGUCUCAAAUACCUGAAGUCGCAGCCAACGCUCUCACGACGACAGGUGCGGUGGGUGGAUUUCUUGGAGACCCACUUCCACUACGACAUCGUCUACAAACCCGGGCUACACAACAAGGCAGACGCGUUGAGCCGCCCCGGUCAUGUAGCAGGCAUCCAGCUCGACGGGAUGAACCCUCUCCUCAAGGGUCUAUUCCAACAUGGGUACUCCGUGGACGGCGAGAUAGCAACGGCAGAGAAACAGAAGCUGUUACAGUGGGAGAAAGACUUAGCGGUAAGGAAGGGUUCAGGAAAGAUUUGGGUACCGAAUUACGCCCCGCUACGGCAGAUCCUUCUAGAGGAGUUUCAUGACGUACCAUACGCGGGACAUUUCGGGAGCAACAAGACGUUAGCGAGAAUAUCGAAGUAUUACUACUUGCCCAGGAUGGCAGCAGACGUGCAGCAGUUCGUCACCUCCUGCGACACGUGCCAGCGGAUGAAGAGUAGCAAGCAGAAGAAAGCAGGGUUACUUCAGCCUCUACCCGUACUGGAGCAGCCAUGGCAGGUCGUUAGUCUCGACUUCAUCACAGGACUUCCUUCGACCUCACGGGGACACGAUUCCAUCCUCGUAGUCAUCGACAAGUUCUCCAAAAUGGGUCACUUCAUACCGACCAACGCCACAGCUACAGCUGAAGCAACUGCUCGACUCUUCUUCGACCGCAUCAUCACCAUCCACGGCAUCCCCGCUACACUCAUCUCAGACAGAGACCCCAAAUUCACGUAA